AUGGCAGGUUUGUUCUCUCUUGGUGUUGAGCAGGGUGGGGAGGCUUGGAAGUGGAGGAGGAGGUGGGUGUGGUUGCCAGAUCCUAUUCAGGGUUACACUGUUCGCGGUUCAUAUCACUUGUUGACUUCAAAGGACGUUCCUCUUAGGGAUCCUGCAACAUCUUUGAUCUGGCAUAAACAGGUGCCGUUGAAGGUAUCUUUAUUUGCUUGGCGGUUGCUUCGUGAUAGAUUGCCUACAAAAGUUAAUUUGGUCCAUAGACGGGUAAUUGACACAGAAGCUGCUAUGUGUGUUACGGAUUGUGGCAUGAGUGAAACGGCGCAACAUUUGUUUUUAUCAUGUGAUGUUUUUUCUUCUUUAUGGCCUCUGGUGCGCCAUUGGCUGGGUAUCGUAGGUGUUGAUACCAAUGUUCUUCUCGAUCAUUUUCUUCAGUUUGUGAAUUUGUCAGGUGGUGGUAAAGCGGCUCGUGACUUUCUUCAGCUUAUUUGGCUUUUGUGUGUUUGGGUUUUAUGGAACGAACGCAAUAACAGGCUUUUCAAAAAUGUUAUAGGUGGUGCUAAAGUCCCAUCCAAUGCUUGGGCAUUGCUUAAUGGUUUGUUUUGGUUGUUUGUAUGA